AUGUGUUUAGGUACUUUAUGUGGUACCUGGGAUAGUACCGAUCAUGCAGUACAUGCUUCAGAAAUUAAAUGCUCUAAAACCGAUCCUUAUACAAGUACUUCCUUAGUGGUGCAUGCUCCUAUUCUGUGGACUCGUGGAGAAGUUAAAGAAUUCAAGCAAUGUCUAGCAGAAGAUGAGGAAUCUAUUAUACGAAUAAGUAGUGGAGAAGUUUACUCAGUUCGUGUUCAAACACAUCCAUCAGGAACAAGUAUAGUUUGGGAGUUCGCUACAGAUGAUUACGAUAUUGGGUUUGGAUUAUUUUUUGAGUGGGCCGAACCAAUAUCUGAUCCUGAUAUCAUACAGAACAGUCACAUUUUACCAGUCAAUGCAGAUGGUAGUCAUUCUGAAGCCACUAUGUCUGCGAAUGAAGAACAAUCUAACAUUUUGGUUGAUGAGAUUAUACCUGUUACGCGUCGGAAUUCUCAAACUGAAGUUUGCUGUGGAUCUCACUUGUAUCCAGGUCCUGGACAUACGUAUUUAAGUUUGAUAAUUCCUUUUCCCUGUGGAGGUCUAAAACGCUCUACUAUCGUGUUUGCUACACAUAUUGAAAUCACAAGCUGCUUUGUAACAGGCUUAUAUAAUUCACCACGAAUUUGAAAUCUGGCUGUGCAUUAACUUUUCUUAUCUUGUUUCUGUAUUUCUACAUUUCAUUUGCGUUUAAUAGGAACGGUUUCAAGUAUCUCUUACUUAUGAACACAACAGCUGGACAAAAAGUCCCACAUGCGUACUGAAAUAAGAGAGAUAACUGUAUUUCAAGAGAUUUAUUAUCUAAGGGAAAUUAUUUAUUGUUCACACUCGUAAAUUUGAAAUUUGGGUUGAC